UAGCGGUGCAGUUGGAUAUAUUUUUUGGCGAAGGCUGCGUUUAUGGACGAAGAGAUUAACUGAUAUGACCUCGAGUCAUAAAGCCGUGUUUAAUGUCUGAAGUGUUCGGGUUAGAGAUGAAUCGGAGGAGUUUAUAAAAAGUCAGAUGUCAGGCCCUCGUGCAGCACGCAGGCGUUUCUGCGCUCGUGACGUUUGAAGGUGCAAUACUGAGGCGGAGAGACAUGUUUUAUACGAGUAAGCGACGGGGUGAGGAUGGAAUCGGCGCCAUCAUCGACUUCCUGCUCACCAACGCCCGAUUGGUGCUCGGAGUGGGCGGAGUCGCCGUCCUGGGCAUCGCUACGUUAGCUGUGAAAAAGCUAAUCGAGCGCGCCGGACGACCUCCUGACGACACAAACCCUGAUAAAAAGGUGUCGGACAGCUGGGAGGAGCUUAACCUGGUCAGCUCCUCCCCCAAAGUGUUUCAGAGAGGUAUUGAGGGUGUGGUCAUAAACCAGAUCACUGGAGCCACCAAAAAAGCAGACUUGUCCGAACCUGCGCCUCAGGUCCGACCCCAGACUCGGCAGAAAGGAUCGGACCCGGCUCAGCCUCUCAGACGUCUGGAUCUGUGCGUGCAGACGUUCUCGGACAGACUGGAGCAGUAUUACUGCACGCGCGUGUGCCUGUCCACGGGCGAAGUGUCACGGGCUCAGCAGAGGGCGCUGGACAUCGCCAUGGAGAUCCAGGGCUUCCUGCGCUCCAAACACCCCGACAUGCCCCUGGGGGAGAUGACCUUAGCGGGCUCGCUGCUCGACGACCUGCAGGUGGUGAGGGCUGAUCACGCCUGCCUGCUCGUACCGCUACAGCUGGACCCUGGCCUGUGGACGCCGAUCGCCGGAGAGGACACGUUCCUCGGCCAUCCUCAGUACUGCAUGGUGCGCCGCAGUAACUUGGAGUAUUUCCCGCGGGGGCGGAGCUACUGGGACCGACACCUCCUAGGCGGCUACCUUUCGUCUCAGCUGGUUGCUGAGCAACUACGCAAAUCCAUAACCGAAACCAUGAACUGGCCGCGUCUGAGCGGGAGCCUGGAGUGCGAGGUGCGGCCGGUGCUCGGGUCUCCGGCGUUGAAGCUUGAGAUCAGAUCUCCGAGCGGAAAUUUUGAGGAAGAGCAGCUGUUUGUUAGCAUCCUGCCGAUGGUGCGCUCGGGCGACAUGACGCUCACGGCGCAGUCCGAGAUCACCGGGUCGUUCGACUACGUCUGGUACCGGAGCCUGUACACGAACGAGACGGCACGGCUAGCCGGACUCGACGAGGACGCGGGCGUCAGGAGGAAGUGUCUGAAGACGCUGAAGGCCGUUUGUCGGAACUGCCCCGCCCUGCACAAGCUAAGUGGCGCGCAGCUCAGCAACGUCAUCCUGCACAUGAGCGAGAAAGAGCGCGACUGGUCGGAGGCGGCAUACGCCGACAGGUUCCAGGACGCCGUCGCUGAGCUGAUCGGGUUCCUGGAGACGGGCUUCCUGCCCAGUUACUUUAAACCCGGCGUGAACCUGCUGCAGGGCUUCACCGAGGACGACAUCGAUGAGAUGGGCUUCAUGCUGUACUGCGCCGUGAGCGAGCCAGAGAUCCUGCUCAUAUAACUGCUGCUAAUCAACACACACACAAAUCUAUAUACACAGUUAAUAUACACACACACACACACACACUUAUCUGUAGGUUGUGUUUCCGAGUAUUAGGUUUGCUUUAAACUCUUUAAAGAAACCGCAGUGAAAACAUUAACGGAUUCCAGCUUCUCGUUCUGUAAAGAACACUAAAGAUCCGGCGGUCAUGAUGUCAUCAUCAUUAUCGUCAGGAUUGACAUGGACAUUACAUCAUCAAGCGCUCUGACUACAAUCUGACACUUAAUUUAUUAUCCGCUGCACUUUAUCUAACAAACUGUGUCAGUUCCACCUCUCUCUUCCUCUCUCUCUUACACACACACACACACACACACACACACACACACACAAACCCAGAGUGUUUGAGUCAUGCAGGGUUUUAAUAAAGAGGUCAAGUUAGUCGUGCAGGGAGUGUACGCUUUAAUAUUUUAUUAUUAUUGUUAUUAUUAUUAUUAUUAGUAUUAUUGUACACUGGAUGGAACGGAGACUCACUUUUAGUAAACGUCUGAGCAGAACUCUCGAGUUUUAUUAUCUUUGUGCAAAUGCAAUAAAAUGAUCUCGGAGUAACGAGGCUCGUUCUGAUGUUUUAGGUUUUCUUGACUCCCUGCCCUGGGUGUGUCUCAUGAGGUUUGAACAUUUGUGUCUUCUUCCUGAACAGUUAACGCUCGUAAUAAUGGAAGUCGUCUUUUAAGCCAAUAAAAAUUAUUUUUGAAAAA